AUGUCUCUCGAGCUCGUCGAUGGUCGUGUCGUGGCGAGGGCCACCGAGGAGAAUGUCAAGGAGCGUCGCGCAAAUAUCAAGAGUCCCUUGGAAGCCGCCCCCAAGCCCUUCCCGAUCAACGAUCUGCCCAACGAACUCCUGCACACAGUCUUCAGCUUCGCCUGCACCCCGAAGCAGUUCAAGCAAAGCAGAGCCUCGUGCAACUUCUUCAGUUAUCGCGACAACAUACCCCGCGCGCUCAACGACGUCUGCGCGCGGUGGCGCUCUGUCAUGCGGCACCCGACGGCGGCGACCUUCUACCAGUUCGUCUACUUCGGCAACCAUACUACGUGGUCGCCCUUGAGCACAGAGAACAAGAUGCUCUGGGUCAAGACGCACCUCGAGCGCUCGCGCGACAAGCCUCUCGUCGUAGGCCUUAGCGACUACGUGAACGUCCGCAACGAGUUCGUGCCAUAUAUCGAUCUCGUGUGCGCCGAGUCGCACCGCUGGAAGGAGGCGACGAUCUUCGGUGACCUGCAGCAGCCCUGGGCGGGGGGGAAGAGGGAAAUGGGCCUGCUGAGGAACAUCUACGACCGGUCAUUCUGCGCACGCAACCCCAAGCUCCUCGCCGUCGACCCCCUCUGUCUCGAUCAACUCGAAGUGCUCACGACCGACCUCGACGACGCGGGCUUCCUGAUCAGCAUCCUCGCCACGACGCCCAACUUGCGCGAGCUCUACUGCGCUCACGAGCACGGCGCGCACAGCUUAGAAGACAUCCCCGACGAUCUGUUCUUCGAGGAAGGCGUGUCUCUUCCCAAGCUCAAGUCGGUCUACUUCGGUGACGCACAUUGGGCGUAUUAUGCCGGGAUCUCAGCGACUCUGCGCCCGCCUGUGCUGGAGCAGAUUGUUUUCUAUGAUGCGGAUAGCGUGUGUUUCUUCCAUGAGGGCGAAAACGUGGAAUUCGAGUUGAAGCAGCACGUCAAGAAUCCCGACCAGGUUCGCGUUAUAUCACACUUCCCUCAACGUCUGCUGCACUAG